AUGCGCCCGAUGGCUCGUAACUACGGUGAUCUGAGAUUGAUUGUGUCCAAAUAUCAAGAUCACUUGGAUACCCAUUCUUCGUGUCGACCCACGUUGAUGACCCGACAACAGGAGUGGGUCUUUACUAGGUGGAGAAGGUUUGACUUUGACGGGGAGAGGCUGACAGAGAGAUUAUUCCGACUAUUUUACCGGAUCUUUUACAACUGGCAGGGCGGAGGCAUCAAGAUCUCUGUGAUCUAUGAUAUCUACGAUACGGAUACUCACACAGAGCGCUUGAAUCUUGAAUGGAUUAGGCAACGCAGAUCUGUCGAUGGUGAUCUUGGCGGAUCAUCUGGAUUAUGGACGGAACAAGCCGAAGGUCGUGGGAAGUCGAUUAUCGAUUGGGAGUCGAGCUCAGAUCUCAGCUCUACCGCGAGCGAAGCGAAUCUGAAUCAGCGAUAG